GUACCUGCACUGCACUGCACGGGCCAGCUUCAUUCAUUUUGAUGUCCUCCUCCUCCAUUUCUCACCUCAUCGGCUCCUUCCUGGAACCUUCCCUCCUCCAUGCCCAUGCUCCCAUUCCAUCCUUUCCUUUUAAACAAGAGAAAAGCAGCGGGGCGAUGCCCUUCCAUGUGCAACGCAGCCUAGAUAGCUACUCCAGUGUCAAGCACCAACCAGAAGCGCAAUGGCCGCCACGCCGGAGGAGUUCCUGGGGCAGCAGGGCUUCCUUGCGCGCCUCGAGCCGCCCUCCCCGUCCCUCUUCCUCGACCUGCCGCCGACGCCCCGCGGCGGCCACGACGACGACGGCCACUCCUCCUUCGACGACAUGGUGCUCCCCUACAUCUCGCGCCUGCUCAUGGAGGAGGGCACGGAGGACCACCUCUUCUACCUCUACCCCAACCACCCCGCCGUCCUGCGCGCGCAGCAGCCCUUCGCGCAGAUCCUCGUCGACGUCGCCGACAGCGCCAGCGCCUCCACCUCCACGCCCUCGCCCUCCUCCUCUUCCGACGCAACUGCCUCCACCACCCCCAGCACCGCAACUGCUUCGGCAUCGGCAUCGGCAUCGCCCGACGACGCACCAGUCCAGAUCUCACGCCCGUCCUACACCGAUGUCAACGGCCAUGCCUCCGCCUCCCCGGACAAUCAAAGCUCGGGGCUCCUCAACGGCGACGAGAUGGCCAAACAGCCGAGCUCUGACUUGUUCAAUCACUUGUUGCCCGGCGACCAGGACAUGCUCAACCUGGCCUUCCUCAAAGGCAUGGAGGAGGCUAGGAAGUUCUUGCCGCCCGACAUCAGCCUCCCGCCCAUCAAGGAGGGGACAGUGGUGGGAGGCGGGAAUGCUGCCAGCCUCAAGAAAAAGAGGGCCGCACCGGCACUGGAGCCGGAUGUGGGCAGGCCCAGCAAAUUGAUGAUGCCGGAGCAGGAGGUACGCAACAUGUUUGACGAAAUGAUGUUCCAGGAACACGAGAUAUGCAUGAAGGGGACUCUUCAGAACCUGAACGGUGAGCCAGAGAAGAGCAGCCGGAAGAAGGGCCGGUCGAGAAAGACCACCGUGGACGAUAGUGAGAUGGUGGACCUGCACACGCUGCUGCUCAACUGCGCUCAGGCUCUGUCCACGGACAACCGCCACAGCGCCGUUGAGCUGCUGAAGCGAAUCAGGCAGCAUUCGUCCCCCAAGGGGGACGCAGGCCAAAGGCUGGCGCAUUAUUUUGCCAAUGGGCUGGAGGCACGGCUGGCGGGUAGGGGCAGCGAGCUGUACCAGUCACUCCUACUAAGUCGCAUCUCGGUAGCCGACUUCCUCAAGGCCAACCAGCUUUACAUGGCGGCUUGCUGCUGCAAGAAGGUGGCCUACAUCUUCGCCGACAAGACCAUCUGCAACGCUGUGGCAGGUAAGAGACGGUUGCACAUUGUGGACUAUGGUCUUAAUCAAGGUCUCCAGUGGCCAGGUUUGCUGCGCAUGCUCGCAGCUAGAGAAGGUGGGCCACCGGAGGUGAGGAUCACCGGCAUUGACCUCCCUCAACCUGGGUUCCACGGAGCCUACCACAUUGAGGAGACAGGGCGUAGGCUCAGAAACUUUGCCCGCGUGUUCGGCGUGCCGUUCAAGUUCCGUGGUAUCCCAGCAAAGCGGGAGACUGUCCGACCGGAGGACCUGAACAUCGACCGGGACGAGGUGCUUGUGGUGAUCAGUCUUUGCCAAUUCAGGCACCUGAUGGACGAAAGCCUCGGCUUUGAUGGUCCAAGCCCUAGGGAUCAGGUCCUCAACAACAUCAAGAAGAUGCGUCCUGAUGUGUUCAUCCAUGGCAUUAUGAAUGGCUCAUACGGCGCUACAUCCUUCCUGACACGGUUCCGGGAGGCACUGUUCCAUUACUCGGCCCAGUUCGACCUGCUGGACACAACCGUCCCCCGGGACAACGAAGGGCGUCUGCUGCUCGAGCGCGACAUCUUUGGGCGGUCUUGCCUAAAUGUGCUCGCAUGUGAAGGCGCGGACCGGGUGGAGCGCCCUGAGACGUACAAGCAGUGGCAGCUCCGGAACCACCGGGCUGGGCUGAGGCAGCUGCCGUUGAAUCCAGAGGUUGUGAAGCUUGUCCUGGAUAAGGUCAAGGACAACUACCACAGGAACUUUGUUGUUGAUGCGGAUCAGCGGUGGUUGCUACACAGGUGGAAGGGGCGUGUGCUCUACGCCUGGUCAUCAUGGGUUGCAGCUGAUGCCACCUAGCUUGUUUUCUCAAUCUAAUGUUGAUUGUAGACAUAGAUAGAUAUACCCACGCCUAUAUAGUAGUAGUAGCACUUAUCUCUUGUACUCCCGCCGUCCGGAAAUACUUGUCCUCAAAAUGGAUAAAAUGGAUGUAUCUAUAAUUAAAAUAAGUCUAGAUACAACCAUUUCGAGGACAAGUAUUUCCGGACGGAGGGAGUACCUGACAAGCAAUUUCACAUAUUACAUGCGUUAAAUUGUUUA